AUGCUGCCCCGUGCCGUCGCCAUGCGCGCAGUCUUCCGAGCCGCUCCACGACAGUCGGCUAGACUUGCGAGCAGGCGAUGCUAUGCCAGCCAACAUGGCCCCGCAAAGUCGAGCGACAUGCCCUGGCUCCUGGGCUCUGUUGGUAUCACCGUUCCCGGCCUGGCUUACCUGCUCUCCUCCCGCCCCAAGAAGGCCGACACCCAUGGUGGAGUUUCUCACCACGGCGAGGACGCGCCCCCAAAGGAAGAGACCGAGGGCGGCGAUACCAAGGCAGCCACCAAGUCAUCACAGACCGGACAGGACGUGCCGCCGCCACCCGCUGAUAGCAGCUCCGGCUCCGAGAACGCCGAGGGGAAGAGGCAGAAGCACGACGAAGACAAACAGACGAUGGAGGAGAAAGAUACCAAGGUGGCUACCAGCUCGUCAGACAUGCCCAGCAAGAAAAUCGCCGGGGAACAUCCUAGAGAAGAUCCCCAAAAGGGCAAGGGGGAUGCCAAGCAAAAGGGAAGCUCCGCGGAGGAUACUUCCGAGAAGGACAGUUCCAGCAAGGACUCCGAGAAGAAGGACGAUUCCAAGAAAGGCUCGGGCAAGGACUGA